CUGUAUAGGAUUUUGUCUUUUUGUCUCAAUAAUCAACUCUCCUCAGUUUGUCUGGCCUUACAGAUGGCAGAGUUUAAGAGCAUCCCGGACACCAGUAGCGGCUCACAGAACAAUAUUUACUUCAAACUGAAUGAAGAUGUGAGUUCGACACCAUCACAGAAAGGUUGCUUGUUGUUAAAACGGUUUUGGAUUCCCCUGGUGUGUGGCAUGCUCUUUAUGGUCCUAUUGAUCACAGUCUCUGUGUCCUUUAAACAGCAAUUCAGUAAAUUGACUGAAUUAGAGAAUACAGUGGCCAAUCUGACAUCCUCGGUUGCUCUUCUCACUUCUAACCAACAAGAUACAAUUGAAAAGCAACUCAGUAAAUUAACUGAAUUAGAGAAUACAGUGGCUAAUCUGACAUCAUCUGUUGCUCUUCUCACAUCUAACCAACAAGAUACAAAUGAUAGAAUUGUGGAGAUGUUUGGUGAUCUGAAGGCUGAUUUGGAAAUCAGAAUAACAAAUUUGACCAUGCGUAAACCUGUUCUGAGCUGUAAACCUGGAUGGCAACUUUAUUCAUCCAGUUGCUAUCUAUUUUCUAGUACAAGACUGGAUUGGGAAAAAGCAAGAUCUUCCUGUAGUGCACAGGGUGCUCUGCUGCUCAUCCUGGGGCAGGACGCAAGCGAGUGGUACUUUAUUGUAACAAAUGUAUCCAAAUCUAAGUCCUACUGGAUUGGUCUGACAGAUCAGACGACUGGUCAGUGGAGAUGGGUUGAUGGCUCACCCUAUAUCAUGGACAAGAGUCAGUGGGAACCAGGAGAACCGAAUAAUUUGGGCGGUGAGGACUGUGCAGAACUUACGUCAUCUGGAAAGCUAAACGAUGGGCUCUGUUCACGGUCUUUUCAGUUUAUCUGCAAAGCCCCAGCCAAUGAAAACUAACUACUGUAGUUGGCAUAUGCUGAUAUAAAAUUGUCAUGUCAUCAAAACAUUAUAAAGUAUAAUAAAGAGGAGAUGCUUA